AUGACAGAGCACCUAGUGUGGGCAAAGCUGCAGUACGUGGACGAACAGUUGGAUGGUGAGCUGGGUUUGUCGGACAUUGAUGUUGAGUCGUGUCAAGUUUCCACCGAUUACAAAACUAAGCUUGCUGAGCUCAUAGUAGAGUACGAGUCGAUUUUCUCCAGAGACAAGCUAGACUGCGGCAAGGCUACUGGUUACCCGCACCGUAUCAGGGUCCUAGAUGAGAAACCUUUUCGACUCCCAUGCAGUCGCAUACCGCCCACACAGUAUGAAAAACUGAGACAGGCAUUGGAUGAAAUGGAGGAGCGGGAGAUUAUUUAA